GGAGCCAGAACAGAACCCGUGUUGAGCCUCGCCACAACACGGCGGCUCUGGAUCACUCCGGUUCCCAGCAGCUUGGAGCGCGCCAGCCAUUUUCCCAGCCGCAGGACCCAACUUGGAUAUGGCUACCUCCAUUCUUGGGGAAGAGCCUCGGUUUGGAACGACACCUUUAGCGAUGCUGGCCGCAACCUGCAACAAAAUCGGAAACACGAGUCCCCUCACCACUUUGCCCGACGCCAGCGCCUUCUCCAAGAGUGGAUUUCACCCGUGGAAGAGAUCCACGUCAAGCUGCAACUUGGGCUCGGCCCUGCCCGGCUUCACGGUGGCGACGAGCCGCGCCCCCUCGGGACUAACGCCAACGAGCGGCGCCGGCAGCAGCGCCUUCUGCUUGGCCUCCACUUCCCCCCCGUCGGCCGCCUUCUCCAGCGACUACGGCGGCUUGUUCUCCAACGGCGGCAGCGUGUCGAGCCAAGAGUCGGGCCAGUCGGCCUUCAUCUCCAAGGUGCACACGUCCGCGGAGAGUCUGUACCCGCGCGUGGGCAUGGCGCACCCGUACGAGUCGUGGUACAAGUCCGGCUUCCACUCUACGAUCUCCGGCGAGGUGGCCAACGGCGCGUCCUCCUGGUGGGACGUGCACACCAACCCGGGCUCGUGGCUCGACGUCCAGAACCCCGCGGGCCCCCUCCAGGGCUCGCUGCACUCGGGCACCCCGCAGGCCAUCCACUCCCAGCUGAGCGGCUACAACGCGGACUUCUCCUCGCUCACCCACUCGGCCUUCAGCUCCACGGGGAUCAGCCCCACCGCGUCUCACCUGCUGACCACCGGCCAGCACCUGCUGGCCCAGGACGGCUUCAAAACGGUGCUGCCCUCGUACACGGACACCUCCGCGGCGGCCAACGCCAUGAUCUCCGGGGGCGGCUCGGGGAUAAGCGGCUCCUCGCGCUCGUCGCGGAGGUACUCCGGGAGAGCGACCUGUGACUGCCCCAACUGCCAGGAGGCCGAGCGGCUGGGGCCGGCCGGGGCCAGCCUCCGUAGGAAGGGACUGCACAGCUGCCACAUCCCGGGGUGCGGGAAGGUGUACGGCAAGACGUCGCAUCUCAAAGCGCACCUUAGGUGGCACACGGGCGAGAGGCCCUUCGUGUGCAACUGGCUCUUCUGCGGAAAGCGCUUCACGCGCUCCGACGAGCUGCAGAGACACUUGAGGACCCACACCGGGGAGAAGCGCUUCGCGUGCCCGGUGUGCAACAAGCGCUUCAUGCGCAGCGACCACCUGAGCAAGCACAUCAAGACGCACACGGCCGGAGGGGGAGGCAAGAAAGGCAGCGACAGCGACACCGACACCAGCAACCUGGAGACCCCCAGGUCCGAGUCCCCGGACCUUAUUUUGGAAGGGGUCAACCCCAGGAUCACGGUUAAGGACCAGUCCCCGCACGAUGAGCCCUGAUGUGUGAAAAGGACCCCCGCACCCCAACUGCAUCA